CAAAAAAAAUAAAAGUUCACUGAGAAAAUAGCAGCUAUGGCAAAGUUACUGUGUGGAGUUGCAUUGCUGCCACUACUUAUAUGCAUAUUGGUGACUGCUCCUUGUGUCACAAAUGCAACCAUAACUUGUGGUGAGGUUACAGCUUUGCUCACUCCAUGCAUACCCUUUGGAGUUUUUGGAGGCACAGUGCCACCAGAUUGUUGCAAAGGAAUCAAAGGGCUCAAUGCUGCACAGAACGCCACUGCGGAGGAUCGAAGAAUUGCAUGCAGUUGCAUUCAAGAAGGGGCUGCUAUGAUCCCUGGGAUUAAUUAUGACCGAAUUAACACUCUUGGUGAUGUUUGUGGCUCUCCCUGUCCUUACAAAGUUUACCCUUCUACUGAUUGCUCUAAGGUAAACUGAAUCUGUUGAAGCCGUGAGAGCUUGAAGGCGCUGUACUUUAGUGUUUGAGUAGGAGAGUAAGAAUAAAAGCUUCUGGGAAAGCUGUCAGUUGUUGUUUAAGCACACAAUGCUUUUGUGGUACUUUGGGGGGUUCAUAUAUAGUUUGUAUUGUAUGGAUCACGGGUAAUCCAAAUUAUGAUCUACUUUGAGAGAUUAAUAAAACGCUCCCCUUUUAUAUA